CUUCCAUGUAUGUUUGUUUCGUGACGCGGGAAAACGCUCGGAGUUUUUUUUACAUUAAAAUGUAUGAAUAUAUGUUUAGCACUUUAUGUGUAAUUUAUUCCUGAACAAAUAAGAUAUAUUGCUUCGCGCUGGUUUGGUUCAAUCCCAAACUUCUCCCUGAUGUCUCCGUAGGAACACUCGGCUCAGGUCACCAUGGUAACGGCUCGCAACCUACACCUAGUGCACUAGAUAUCGUCGGAAUACAUUUUCAGUAUACCUGUACUCCUGGACAGUGUGGAAGAUAACUGAUGGCUUCAUGUCUGCCUGCUGUGGCACAACAGCUACUGAAAGACCUUCAGAAGGCAUACACAGAGAAAUCCCAGAUCCCUGAUGAGCUCCUAAUAGCGUUGAGGUUUAUAUUCGGCCCCUGCACCUUGCAGGCAUUGGAUCUGGUGGAUCAGCGGGCUGUAACGUGCGUGUCCUCGCCCAGUGGCCGAGUAGUGUUCCAGGUACUGGGCGGUUCAGGACGUCUGUAUACUUGCUACACUUCCUGUCAAUAUUGCCCCUGUCCAGCCUUCUCGUUUUCUGUGCUGAGGAGAAACGAAAGUCUGGUGUGUAAGCACAUCUUGGCAGCCUAUUUGUGCCAGGCCAUGGGCUUGUGCCAGCAGGAGCAGGUCUCAGAUCAGCACAUGACCCUCAUCCUGUCCGGAAGAACUGAGCUGGCUCCAUAAAGAAGGCGACCCAGGAGACGCGUAAUGAAUUUAUGUGAAUAAACAGAGCAGGUGGAGCAGGUGAGGUAGCGUGGGGGGGAGAUUGGGGACCUUAGACAUCCUGGCCAGUGGCUUGUAUUUGGUUUCCUGUCUCAUAAAACUGCCCAUGAUGCCUGCUCUGGACGGUCUCAGCACGAAGGUGUUUGCUGCGAAUAAUCCAAGCCACAUGAUUAAAAAACAAUGUGAUACCAGGUGGGAACUAAAAAAGCACUAAAGUGCUAUAAUCUCAUUACUCGUACCAAGCCUGUGAUUGGAAUAUUGGGGCAACGUAAUCUUCAUAGUUCAUCAGUUAGCAAAACAAAAGUGUCAAAAGUCAGCAUGCACAUUUCCUGGAAGCUCCUGAAACUGCUGAAGUGGUAUAUUAUAAGUGAAGAGUCCAAACUUGUUGAAUAAAAUGAAAUAUUUUGAAAUAAAGCUUUUGUACUCCAUUAUAUGUUGUAUUAAAAUUUAAGAUUACAGUCAUGAGAGUAAAAACUCCCUUUAUUUCUCUGUUUAAUCCCCUGCUACAUUAAUGCACCUUGAUCCCAUCAAGGUUGAAAGUUUUCUCAGUACGCCGGAGCCAUGAUCAGACUGCCUGCUUUACUUCUGAAACACUGGCCUCUCGGGAACUCCUUUAAUUACCCAUGUGAAAAUGGCUUGGAGCGAGGUCAGGACUGUACAGGAACUCUUUAUCAGCGCACUAAGUUCCAUGAUUCCAAAACGAGUUCCUAUAUUGUGCAAGCGGUGUUGGUGAAUAAUUGUGUGUACAGUUCCCACAGACAGAUCAAAUACAGAUCUCUUUGUACAAGGUGGCAACAAGUUAUUCCUCGAUCUGGCUUCAAGGUUUUUAUUGAAAAGAGGGCUCCGGUUUGUACAAUUCAAAUGUUUUAUUGUGACUAGGAGUCUCAUCACUGUACUGUGCUUGAAGUCUUCUGUAAAUGUCAGUUUCUUUAGAAAUUCCUCAAAAGUCCUGGUUUGACUUGAACGCUCUUGCAUUAUUUGGUCGCCAAACAAUGUUUAUCAGUUCAUUGAAAGUGAAUCCAGCAAAGUCGUCACCUGUUAUCAUUUAAAGGCGGAGAUGCCCCUGCUCUCAUAGCCGGUUCAGAAUACGCUAUUUAUAGCCUUGGAUUCAGUGCGUUCUGGCCUUUUUUCAGGAACUCUUUAUCAGCGCACUAAGUUCCUUUAACCUUUUGGAGAGCAAUUACUGAAAGUAGUUCCCCUUUUAAGAGGUAAGUAAUUAUGACUGAAAGUGCUUUCAGUGAAAUUGAGAAAUGUGGUUUUGGACUUCCUGUGUUUGUGUUAUAAUCAUUCUGAUUGGUCAGAAGGUGUUAAUUUAUUCUCUAUACCAGCCUCUUUGAAGGAACCUUUCUACUUUUCAAGGGUUUAGGGAAAUCAACUCCUAUGAG